GACGAAUCCAAUUGAGUGACCUCCACUAACCAAGGUUGGAGCUGUCUUCUCUUUCUUCCCUCUUAUUUAUCCUUUCCUUCUCCUCCUCUUUUUUUACUCUUCCUCCUUGAACGGAACAAUCUCCCCUCUUUCUUCUUCUUUUUUUUGGUACAUUUUGCUCUCAGAUCAUCAUGGCUUCACCUGUUGCUUCUGCGGCCCUCAAGGCGCGCGUUCGCAAUCCCGCUAUGCUCAAGAAGCUUGCGCGACCUGAGGAUCUGAUGCACCACUUUCCCAAUGGCUCUUAUAUCGGCUGGUCUGGCUUUACAGCUGUUGGAUACCCCAAGAAGGUUCCCGCUGCUAUGGCCGACUACGUCGAGCAGAACAACCUCCAGAGCAAGAUGAAGUACUCCCUGUUCGUCGGCGCCUCGGCCGGUUCCGAGACGGAGAACCGAUGGGCUGCUCUCGACAUGAUCAACCGACGAAGCCCUCACCAGGUCGGCAAGGACAUCGCCAAGGGAAUCAACUCUGGACGAAUCAACUUUUUCGACAAGCAUUUGUCCAUGUUCCCCUCUGAUCUUGUCUAUGGCUUUUACACCAAGGAUCGAUCAAACACCAACCUUGAUGUCACUGUUGUUGAAGCGACAGACAUUCUCGAGGAUGGCAGCUUUGUUCCCGGUGCCUCUGUUGGUGCUACUCCCGAGUUGAUCCAGAUGGCUGACAAGAUCAUCAUCGAGGUCAACACUGCCAUCCCCUCUUUCAAGGGUCUCCACGAUAUUACCUUCACCGACGUUCCUCCCCACCGCACUCCCUAUAACAUCACCGCUGUCGAGGAUCGCAUUGGUUCCCCCUCAGUAAAGGUCGACCCCUCAAAGGUCGUCGCUAUCGUCGAGUCUGAUUACUGGGAUGCCACCGGUCCCAACGCCGAUGCCGACGAGUCAUCUCGCCAGAUCGCCGGCCACCUGAUUGAGUUCUUCGAGCACGAGGUUGCCCAGGGCCGCAUGCCCGCCAACCUUCUGCCUCUCCAGUCCGGUAUCGGCAACGUCGCCAACGCUAUUGUCGGCGGUCUCAACGAGUCCAAGUUCAAGAACCUCAAGGUCUGGACAGAGGUCAUCCAGGAUACUUUCCUCGAUCUCUUCGACUCUGGAAAGCUUGACUACGCUACCGCCACAUCAAUCCGCUUCUCCCCCGAUGGUUUCAAGCGCUUCUACGAUAACUGGGAUGCUUACGCCGACAAGAUCCUCCUCCGAAGCCAGGCUGUCUCUAACGCUCCCGAGAUCAUCAAGCGUCUCGGUGUCAUCGGCAUGAACACCCCCGUCGAGGUCGACAUCUUCGCCCACGCCAACUCCACCUGCGUCAGCGGAACACGCAUGCUCAACGGUCUCGGCGGCUCAGCCGAUUUCCUCCGUAACUCCAAGUACUCCAUUAUGCACACACCAUCCAGCCGACCCUCCAAGACCGAUCCCCACGGUGUGUCCUGCAUCGUCCCCAUGGUGACCCACGUCGACCAGACCGAGCACGAUCUCGAUGUUAUCGUCACCGAGCAAGGUCUCGCCGACGUGCGCGGUCUCUCACCCCGUGAGCGCGCCCGCGUCAUCAUCAACAAGUGCGCGCAUCCCAAGUACCAGCCCAUCCUGAGCCACUACUUCGAUAAGGCUGAGUCGGAGGGUCUUAAGAAGGGUAUGGGCCACGAGCCCCACCUUCUCUUCAACGCUUUCGACCUGCACAAGGCUUUGGCUGAGGAGGGUAGCAUGCUCAAGGUUAAGCCUUGGUAAGGGAUUGGGUGUAUCUAAUGAAAGAGGGGGAAAAGAAAGAAAGAGCGGUUGUACUCAUAUGAAUCACAUUUUGCGUAGCUUCUUUUGGGAUAUGUUUUUGUUGGUCUACAUAGAUGUUUUGGAUGAUAAUUCCCCAGCAAUUGAGCAUUGAAAUCUUGACCAUCUGGACUGAAUAUUGAAGUGUGACAUCAUUGUUGGAUUGUUUGUGCUUAGCGGAGUCGGGGUCAGUUCUGGGUCCGACACUUUUCGUGGUGGCUUGAGCUUGGAGAUGGAGGGUGGUCGUGGGUGCGGACAAAUGCCCGCUCACCUGAUGGACCAGGUGUUGGAAAGAUGUGGUCCAUCUGAUGAACAGAUUAUAGUUCUACUAAAAGGCUAAAUAAUAUAUUGAUAUACUGUCC